AUGCGACCAGACGGUCCCCGUCCCACGAUAAUCGGGCCAGAUUCUGGUCCCGAAGCCCCUUUUCCCCUGCGCAUGAAUGGUAAAGUCGUCUCUGGAUUCGGCCGAGGUUCAAAAGAUCUCGGGAUCCCAACCGCGAACCUACCCGUCGAGGACGUCCCCUGGAUCGCAGAUGCGCAGAGCGGCGUCUACUUCGGCUGGGCAGGCAUCCAACUCCCGGCCUCGCACCCCUCACUCGAGCCAGUGCCCUCAGACACCAAGGCACCACCACCGAACAAGGUCGCGGAGGGCUGGCGCAUCUUCCCGAUGGUGAUGUCGAUCGGGUACAACCCCUUCUACAAGAACACGGUGCGCAGCGCCGAGGUGCACGUCAUGCACAAGUUCGAGAAGGAUUUCUACGGCAGCCAGAUGGCCAUCAGCAUCCUGGGCUAUAUCAGGCCGGAGUAUGACUAUGUGAGUGUGGAGAGCUUGAUCGAGGAUAUUAAGACGGAUAUCGAGGUUUCGGAGAGGAGUCUAGCGAGGGAUGCGUGGGCGAAGCGCCGCGAGGAUGCGUAUCUGUGGGGGGAGGAGAGUUGA